AUGGGAAAGAUCACCUUCUACGAGGACCGGGGCUUCCAGGGCCGCUGCUACGAGUGCAGCAGCGACUGCCCCAAUUUGCAGCCCUUCUUCAGCCGCUGCAACUCCAUCCGUGUGGACAGCGGCUGCUGGAUGCUCUAUGAGCACCCCAACUACCAGGGGCACCAGUAUUUCCUGCGCCGCGGCGAGUACCCCGACUACCAGCAGUGGAUGGGCUUCAACGACUCCAUCCGCUCCUGCCACCUCAUCCCCCACGUGAGUCACGCUGGUACCUACAGAAUGAGGAUCUAUGAGAGAGAUGACUUCAGAGGCCAAAUGUUGGAGGUCACAGACGACUGUCUCUCCCUUCAGGACCGCUUCCGCCUCAGUGAGAUCCACUCGGUCCACGUGCUGGAGGGCUGCUGGGUGCUCUACGAGUUGCCCAACUACCGCGGGCGCCAGUACCUGCUGAGGCCGGGCGAGUACAGGAGACACCUCGACUGGGGGGCCGUGAAUGCCAAAGUUGGUUCUUUUAGACGAGUCAUGGAUUUUUACUAA